UUUUCAGUUCCGAGUUCGAGAUAAAAUUUGGGUGCGUAGCGUGAUAGAUGGAAAUUUGGUGCUUGCAAAAUUUAAUUUUUACUGCAUAGAAAUAUCAGAACUAUCGUUCUAUACUUAAUAUAAUCAUCAAUGACAUUCUGUGAAGUUGUUUUAUAUAUAAUGAGUUUUAUUAUGGAAAAUAUUGAAAAGCUGAUAGCUUCGGUUACACGAAGGAUUGGAAGGAGCUUCAUAAAACAAACACCGACGAAUGUUCAAACCUUUAAGGAACAGAAUGACCAUUCAGAAGCAGAGGUCAUUACUUCAAGGGACGCAAUCAAAACUGAUAAGCGAGAGAGUGAUGAGAUGAUCAUUCUGGAACCAAUUAGCUUGAAAGGAGAUUGCGAGCAAGAUCCUCUUCUUCAAAUCCGUGAAAUAAACGAUGAAGAUGAGGUGGUUGUAUCGAAAACUCGCCGUAAACGCUCUAAAAAGAGUAAGAAAUCCAGCCAAAAAGCUCAUGACUCAGAUGCAUUAUCGAACGAAGUUCAAAAACGGCCAAAGAAAGGAAAUAAUAAAUCGAAGAAGCAACGCAAAUUGAGUAAACGGAGCACAUCGAAAAAAGAAUUUGAAAAAGUUGUCAUCGAUGUGGAUGUUAAGCCGGUUACCACACUUAUCCGAUUCUCAUCUAAACAGGAUGAAUGCAUCUCAGAGGAUGAGAUCAGAACAAUGUGCCCCUUCUGUCGAAUUUCCUAUGAAUCAGAUGUCAUUUUGAAGGAACACUUCCGAAACUCACAUGGUGCGGUAUUUUCGCUAGCGCCGCUUAUGCAGAUGGACAUUAGAAAUUAUAUCAUUUCACGGGAAGUCUUCCGAGUGGAGCUCAAGCAAAGCCCCUAUCACAGCACAUCUACCUUUCUAUUAACGAUUACAAAUACCUCCACGAUAACGCUGCUUCUGAAAUCCGCAUACAUUUUCGAUGGCCAUUGUUCAUUGACUCCAGUUUUCGUCGAAGGAGCUGUACUGCGAAUGAGACCGGGCUCUCAUUACCAAGAUGAACUGUACCUGCAGGCGGAAGGUGACUGUUUUCAUUCGAUAUUGCUAACGGCAAACUUUAACGAAGGUGCGCGCUUGCCGUAUGACGUUGUUGAGCAACACCACAUCAAUAGAAAAAGCGCAAAGCGAACUCGAACUGUUGGAACUCCGCUUAGGUUACGAAAAUUAAAUUCCUACAACAUCCCAACUCCGAUCAAAAUUUUACAUGCAAAUAAUUUCAAGCAACGAGGUGCAUAUGGUUCCAGUGAACUUCAAAUCUUGCGCCAAUUACAGGAAGCCAAAGAUCCAUUCUCACUUAACAGCAAUAACUACAAAAAACAGCUUAGUUUACUGAAUAGCAUAGAAGCUGAACAUCUGAUAUGUAAAUUCGAACAAUAUCGAAUCGACAAACCGAAACUGAAGAUGUUAACGAAAGUGAAGAGGCGCAAUGAUGGCAGUUCAUACGAUCAGACGUUGUACUCUCUAUCCAUUAGCCAAUUCAAAAUACGACCAUCGUUGAUCAAUGAAGAUCAGUACGUGACAUUGAGCGUUAAGAUAGGUGAUGUAACGAAAAUACACAAGGGCGCAGUGGAACUAAUUGAGGAAAAGGAUAUAUUAAUUUUGUUUGAAGAAGCAAACGUGGCUGUAGCAAACGCUAUUAGCAUAGAAUUUGUUUUCAACAAAGUAACGUUCCAGUUAGAACAGCAAGCACUCAAUUGUUUAGCUCAAUGUCGAAAAGAAAUGAUUCUGUUUCCAACUAGGUCUAAUGCAGUUCAAGGAGAACAAAUAGACAAGAUUACAUCAUUACAUUGGAUUAAUAUUAACAUUGCAUCUAAUGAGGAACAGAUGACGGCUGUACGAAGCAUAGUGAAUCGUACUUCAUUCCCUGCUCCGUAUGUUCUGUUUGGGCCUCCAGGCACUGGGAAAUCGUCAACACUAGUGGAAGCCAUAGCUCAAAUAUACAUCCAUCGUCCAGCGACAAAUAUUCUAGUUGUGGCACCUUCCAACUUUGCCGCUAAUGAAAUAACAACCCGCAUCUUGAACUAUGUACCCGAGAAGCAUGUAUUUCGAUUCUUCUCUCGCAUGAGCUUCCGCAAAGUGGAUGACAUCGAUGAGACCAUUCUACAAAACUCAAACUUCGCCGACAAAGAGUACGAUAUACCUUACUACGAGGACAUCUAUCACUCUAGGAUUGUAGUGACUACAAUGAUCACCUCUGGUCGCUUGGUACAGGCGAAUAUCAAAGACAGACAUUUUGGAUAUGUGUUUCUAGAUGAAUGUGGAAGUGCCAAGGAAAUAACGGCAAUGGUUUCAAUUGGAGGACUUGCAACCUGCAACGAUGAAAUUCAUGCCAGCAUUAUCCUUGCCGGUGACCCAAAACAAUUAGGUCCCGUAAUAAUGUAUGACUUUUUGAAACACACCAAUCAUAAAAUCUCAAUGUUGGAACGUUUGAUGACAUUGGAUUUAUACACAAAGAAUCGAAAAACCAUAAAAUAUGACACUCAAUAUAUUACACAACUUCGAAAUAACUUCCGGUCCCAUCCCAUGUUGUUAAAUUUCCCAAACAAUGCAUUUUAUGAUGGUCAACUUCGAGCAAAAGCAUCUCCAGAACUUACGCACUGGGCUUUGGGAUGGCAUCUUCUACCAAAUCCCAAGUGUCCUCUCAUUUUCCAUUCGAUCACCGGUUACAUGAAAGGAGUAGAAUACAGUUUUAGCUUGGUCAACCUCGAAGAAGCAGCACUGGUGUUUGAUUAUCUGAACGAUAUUCUGACUCACGGCAUCAACGGACACCAAGUACGUCAAUGCGACAUCGGUGUAAUAUCGCCAUACGCCGGUCAAGUGUCUCAUUUGAGAAAACUCUGUAAUACUCGUGGCUGGAAAGAUGUUGAAAUAGGUUCCGCAGAGCAGUACCAGGGGCGGGAAAAGCCCGUAAUAAUCCUGUCAACCGUGCGAUCACGCUGCACCUAUGUUGGAUUUUUGUCAGAUCCCAGGCGACUAAACGUUAUGAUCACUCGAGCCAGGGCUUUGUUGAUUGUUGUUGGUCAUGCUACCACGUUACAGAUGAAUGGAAAUUGGAAAACUUUCAUCACAUAUUGUCGACGCAAUAAUGCUUUCAUUGAUAAAAGUAGGAGUCAGACAGCAGCAAAAUAACCGGGAAACGCUAACAAAUUUGUGAUACGUGAAGAAAAAUCCAAUAAGGCUGACAUAGCUAAAAACAAUAAGAAGUUGGACAGAAAGAAUGACAAAAAUAAUAAGCAACUAGAUAAAUCGAUAAAGGUGCACGAGCAUGCUGCGCUUAAUGCUAAAUCUUACAACGGAAAGAAAAAGACAAAGCAAAAUGAAAGGGAACGCAGUAAUCAUAUGCGCACAAAGCUAAAGCGAAUGAGAAAAUGAAACAACAGGCGUGAUGAAAAGAAGAAAAGGUUGUAGGUCAGAGUUAACUCGGAUCCGAAGAAAUCAGUUCGUGCCGAUAUGAAAGAGAAGCCAAAUGAAAAUACAGACCAAAAUAAAACAGGCCUGGCUGGAAACUUUUGCUUGAGCGGUACUUCUUGUCCAACUAAUAAGCAAUAUGCAUUCGUCGUUACAUUGUAUAAAAGAAACUUAUUCAUGUUAGUCCAAGUCGAUACAGCUGGUAUCCACCAUCGUACUUAAUACUUUAAAUUAUUUGAAGAAUGACAAAAAAUCCCAAUCUAUGCAUAACUGAAAUGGUCACAAUAAAUCCUUAUUUUGUUGUAA